GUUUAGACUUUUACAUCCGCUGUCCAUACGGCAACACUUCUUGAAGCCCGUCUCCAUAAUAUCAACAAUGGGCGGUUAUUCGUCGCCAAUUAUAAGUUAUCCGUUUUCGUCGGUAAACGUCAAAUAACAUUAAAAUGAAUAAUGAAGUCGUCAGAUAUUUAGUGUAAUUCGUCCGGAUUAAGUAAAUAUGGCUGUUUACAAGAUCACUGGCAAACAAAAAGCGGAAGAAAUAUGUCAAAUAGUGAAGACCGAGCAAGGAGAAGGCUUUACGCUCUAUGAAAUUGAAGUUACUCUACAGACAUUUCAUUGGAGAGUUAACCAUCGUUACAGUGAAUUUCAUGAACUACAUGAUAAGCUAACAAGUCAAUUUGGCAUAGAUAAAAAUUUAUUACCUCCAAAGAAACUGUUUGGAAAUCAAUCCGAGGUAUUCAUAAAAUGUCGUCAAAUGGAUCUUCAGCUAUAUUUACAAAAAUUGUUACAGCAGUUUAAAGUUAUUCCUUAUUUACUGGCAGAAUUUCUACAUUUUCCAAAAUAUGAAAUUCAUGGCAUCACAGAAAGUUUAGCAGAGAAACUAUUUUAUGAAGGUGAUCAAAUAUUAGCUAAUAACAAAGAAUUUACAAUGACACCACUCCAAUUAUAUGCUUUAUCGGAAAGAUUAAAAUUGGCCGAACCAACUUGUUGGUCUGGAAGUAAAUCGAGAGAUUUGGGCCAUCUGUUGGAUUUUAUUUCGCAGCUGAAAUAUUUGAGGAUUGUUGGAAGCGACGAAUUUGUUUUUAAUAGUAAUAUAAUUCCCAAUAAACUGAAAUUUGAUUUGGCUGCCUUCAAAUCACUUAACAAAUUGAAGAUAGAAUGCUGUAAUCUAGAGCACCACAUAACAGGUAUAGAAGUAAUAAGGCAGACAGUAUCUACAUUAACAGUCCAUAAUUCUAUACAAGAUAUCAAUUCAUUAUUACUGGCAUCAUUUCUUCAUUGGUCGCCAUUAUCAAAUUCAAAGAACUGGCCUACGUGGCAGAAAGUGGGUAAUGCAGAUUUCAGUCAUAACAGGAUGACAAAGAUAAAUCCAGCAAUUAAGUUGCUUUGUGUAGUCGAACAGCUAAAUCUCAGUUACAAUAAAAUUAGAGAAAUUGAAAAUUUGGAAUCUUUACCAAGACUGUCCACUCUUAAUUUAUCUCAUAAUCAAAUACAUAAAUUAGAGAUGUUGCACACGCGUCUUGGAAACGUUUGCCAUUUAAAUUUAUCAAAAAAUAACAUAACAUCCUUGCAAGGAAUGUCUCGUUUAUAUUCUCUCAUCGAAUUAGAUGUUAGUAACAACAACAUUUUGGAAUUGGAUGAAAUCUCUCACGUUGGAGGUCUUCCCUGUUUAGAAAUAUUAAUUUUGAUUAAUAAUCCCGUAACGACUGCAGUGGACUACCGAUCUCACGUACUGCUAGCAUUCGGAUCUAGAGUGUCGGAAUUAUCGCUAGACGGACAAAAAGCGAGUCAAAAGGAAUUAGAUACGGUAGCCGUGAUGCAAGCACUGAAGGCGGCUAAAGAGGGAAGAAUAUUGCAGCAAACUAAUCAAAACACGCACGGAGAAAAGGCGACGGGGAUUCUGGCUUCGGGUACAUCUCAACAAUGCUUCUAACAUCGGACUCCAGAAUUUAACAGGAUUAAAAAUAAUGUG